AACCAAACCACAGGUAUUCACACAACUAUUGCUCAUUAUAUAUCGAAAGCAAUCAAGUACAGAAUAGACCAGUUGGUUCGCGCAACAGAACCACGGCGCAUGCCCGAAAUCACGCGGUUGCGCGUCGGCGCUCUCACCUCCAUUGCCGUUAUCAAUGUCGAGUGCUAACGAGAACAAGGAUUCCACAUAUCCGUGAUAAUAUCCCCUAAAAUAGUUCAUUAAUUCGUGUCUAUUAAGAUAUACCAUCAUGAAAGCGGUUUAAACGUAAACAGUGCAGGUGGUUAAAUUGAACAAGUGUUUCUAAUGUGCUACCGUGUUUGCGUUUCGGCUUUAUUCCUGCUUCUUUUGUCCCUGGACUCCAGGGAUUGCUCGUCCAGUAUACAGUAUGACGUGCCUACUAAAAUAUCCUUUAAUACCGUACAAGCAUGGGCAGUUAAACUUGGGACUGAACUUUAUCACUUUGGAGAAUUUAUUACGAGAAAGAAGGAAGUGCAAGAUAGCUUCAAGUCCGCGCAAAUCGAGUCAAGAGACGGCGAGAAAUUGGUCCAGAGUAUGGCAGACGAUAUUCGAGCUAUGAUGGAACUCAAAAUCAGUGCAGUCAAAAGGAUAGUGGAAGCGGCUGAAAACAUGGCUUUUGACAAACAAAAUGAGCCUGUUCCAGAAGAUUUUCAAUUUUUCAACAGCAAAGAAAUGGAAGACUUGUACGACGACAUGUCAUUGACUACAACACCCGAACCUGAUUUCACAAUGGAGAACUGGAUAAAUCGACCGGCAUCAAAGAACAUGCAUUUGCAUCAGAAUCACCACUUUUCUCAUAUACCCGUCAACACUAAUUUUAGUAGCGUGCACGUUCCUACAAAUGUUUACGCCUGGGCUCCUGAUGUCAUCAAAGGGAUUCACUGGUCAGAAGGUUUAGAUACGCAUUUCAUCAACAAUUACCAGAGCGACCCGACACUAUCGUGGCAGUAUUUUGGAAGUUCGACGGGAUUCAUGAGACAUUAUCCUGCAAUGAAAUGGCGAGCAGAUCCUGUAGACAUAUACGACUGUCGAACAAGAGCCUGGUAUAUGGAAGCGGCGGCGAGUCCGAAAGAUGUAGUUAUUCUGGUUGACCGGAGUGGUUCUAUGACUGGGCAAAGGAGGGAUAUAGCAAAGCAUGUAGUUACCAACAUUUUAGACACCCUUGGAAAUAAUGAUUUUGUUAGCGUAAUGACAUUUGCUGAUACAGUAGAAGAAAUUGUACCUUGUUUUGAGGAUUCUCUUGUUCAAGCAACACUUGCAAAUCUUCGCGAAUUAAAACUGGCUUUAGACAAUUUUGAAACUAUGGAAAUAGCAAACUUCUCAGCGGCCCUGACCAAAGCGUUUGAACUUCUUGAAAUUUAUAGAAAUAAUAGCGGUGGAGCUAAUUGUAAUCAGGCAAUAAUGUUGGUCACUGAUGGGGUUCCAUACAAUUACAAGGAAUUGUUCGAGAAGUACAACUGGAAGUAUGACACCCCAGUGCGGGUUUUCACGUACCUGAUAGGUCGCGAGGUAAAGGUGGCGGAUGUGAGAGAAGUGAAGUGGAUGGCGUGUGCGAACAGAGGGUUCUAUGUGCAUCUGAGCACGUUGGCAGAAGUUCGAGAGAGAGUACUGGAACAUGUCAACGUGCUGGCGAGACCUCUGGUACUGCAGCGAGAGAAACACCCUGUUGUAUGGACUCCCGUUUACGCUAACGUUACGGAUCCAAAAGUGGCAGAUUACUUAUGGGAACAACGGGAAAGGGCAGAGCAAAAGGAACGGUUUAUGAGCCAACGGCGAGACAAAGUACUCUUCAAUUCGGAACAGGAGCAAAAUAGAAGAUGGAAAAUAACGCAGAUGAAACAGGGUCAGUAUAGUGAGCUUGGGAAUUCGAAAUAUCAAUUGAUGACUUCUGUUUCGAUGCCUGUUUACGAUUUGCGACACAACGAGAACAUCACAGAGAAUGUACUGAUAAAUGAAGCUUACUGGGUAUCAGUUACAAAAGAGCAUUCGUACGUCAACAACCAAUCGCAGUCCGUAGAGGAGAACGGCCAAAAGGAGAUGCGUAUCGCCAGAUUAUUAGGUGUGGCAGGAACAGAUGUUCCUCUGUCAGAAAUCCAAGCAUUGAUGACGCCAUACAAGGUCGGGGUAAAUGGCUACGCGUUUAUGGUAACAAAUAACGGAUAUAUUUUGAUACACCCGGAUUUGAGGCCUGUUUUUCAGCAGAUAUUAAAACCAAGUUACAACAGCGUAGAUAUGAUUGAAGUUGAACUUUUUGAUGAUGACCGAAGCCCAAGGAACUUCAGCAAAGAGUUGACAGCGCUCAGAAAAGAGAUCAUCGAUCAGAAAACUGGGAAUAAAAUCGUGAAUGUCAAAUACCAUAUGGAAGAUAUGAAACGGGUGUCUCGAGGCAAAAGGCACUACUUCUGGACCGGCAUUAGCGACUCGCAAUUUACUCUCGUGGUUUCCAUUCCUGAGAAUUACGGCCGCCAUCGGAUCACACCGCCUCCUACAGAUGACAUUCACCGCUUGUCUUUGACGUCGAAAAAUAUCUCUGCUAGACAGUACUUGUCCGAAAAAUGGAGCGUACACCCGGAUUGGCUAUACUGUCGUCAUUAUGAGCGAACAUUUUCAUCUCCUGAAGAAGAGCUAUCGUAUUUCCUGGAAAGGGUGGCGAAACCCGGUUGGCGUUGGCCGGCGAAACCGAAGCCGCCUGAACACCACAAAAACAAAGGCCACGAGAGACACAGCGAAGGUUCAGAAGUGAGGGAAAGAAACAAGGCUCCAAAUGUAACACCACGAAAUGAAUAUUAUUGCGACCAUGGAUUAAUGCAGGCAAUGGUGUACGAUGCCAGGAACACGGCGUGGUUUAACAAGAGCAUAUCGGAAUCAGCGUCGGAUGACAAAGCGACGGAGUUCAUCCAACGUUUUGGCUACAUCACCGCAUUCCUGGCAACUCACAGUGGCCUCACGAGAUGGCAAACGCAUCCUCCUAAGGAUCACGAUGACAGGAACGAGUUUGGCAAGCAAUUUCCUCGUGCAAUAGAUGAAGUUUGGUACCGCCGGGCUGUCGAGCAGCACUAUGUGGAUCCACUCAGUUUUGUAUACAGCGUGGAUUUGAGUACGGAGAAGUUCCCUCUCAAUGUGAGCAACGCUAUGGUGACCGCAGCUCACGCAGUAUUCCACGGAGAUGGCCAUCGAAAAGCACCAGCAGCAGUUGUCGGAUUUCAGUUCAAACACGAACGUCUUUCCGAGUGGUUCCAGAAUAUAACGUCUUCCUGCGAACACAGCAAGGAAUGUGUUACGUGUAACGUGACAGACAACUGGGACUGUUAUUUAGUGGACAGUAAUGGUUGGAUAAUCGUAAGCGAGGAUAGCAGUCAGACAGGGCAAUUUUUUGGAAAGAUACGACCAGAUAUAAUGAUGAAACUGGUAGAAGAAGAAGUUUUUAAAACAGUCCACAUUAUAGAUUACCAAGCUGUCUGCUUUAGAGAGAAGAAGAUUUCGAAUCCUGCAUCUGUGAUCCUGACGCCUCUUGAAAAUUUGCGUCUCAUAAUGGCAUUUUUUAUCACCACGACGGUUUGGUUUUACAACUCGAUUGCACUCAGUUUAGCUCAAGCGUCGAGCUAUACGUUUGACUACGAGUUUGUUUCAACCACUGGGUCUUACCAAUACGAAAACGACGAAACCGACGACCCAACGAUGAUCAAACCGGCGACGACAAGAAUACUUGAAAGGGACUUCGAGAAACUUGUUCUGAUAAAUAGAACAAGACCAACACCAUGCGACAGAGAAAUGUAUCUUUACCAAUUGGAUUACAAGAAUCUCGACGAGAAAUUGAACAAGCCGGUGAAAGAGUGCGACAGACCGUUCUACGCCCAGUUGGUGAAUUACACAAACAUGUUGUUGGUGGUGGUUGACGCGAUGUGCGCUAAGCAGGACGUGCCGAUAUACCCGAUAGACGCGACAGAAGUCCAGUACAAUGAAUCCUUGCCUUGCUUGAAGCAUAUGCACCCAUUGUACAGAAAGCAACCGAAUUCUUGCAUUCGAAACCAUACGGAGGAGAGCAACAUCGAUAUGUGUGGUCGCGGCAGUCUACCCUGCAACUUCCUAUACAUACCACUAAGUGUAGUUUUCUUGAUUAGAUAUUUUUAAAGUAAAAACUUAGCCAAAAUAUCCAUCUACUGUGCCCAAAAAAAAUUUAUUACCAAUUAGUAACUGUUAAAAAUUUGCAAUAGUUUAAAGGAGUUAAUUUUAUAAAGAAAAUUUUAAUUUUGUUUCUUGGUAGUGAUAUUGCUUAUUAAUUUUAGAGAAAAAUAUACAUGUCAUAUCACAUAUCAGUUAUGUUAUAAGAAUCAAUAUUGUUGUAAACCUACUGAGUACUGAUACUACAAAUGCAUACUACUUCCAUCAAGUAAAUUGUUAAGCUUAUUCCUUGUUCUGUGGGUUAACUUUAUACCUAGCUAGGGUAGGUAUAAAAAAAAUCUGUGUAUGCUGUUAUAUUCUACCUUUGAGUGGAUUUAGGGUUCAAGUUUCAAACGAGACCCGUAAUUUUGUAGUUUGUAACAUUGUCAAAGAGACAACAUACCUAUAUCUAUUACCUAAAUCAUAUCAAUCAUGUUAUCUAUCUAUCUAUACAGGUAUAUUAAAUUUCAAAUUGCAUAUUUACAAUGUUUUCAUUUAAAUUUUAUAGAACAUACUGUUUUUCAACAAAAUGAUUUGGUUGUUGAUUCACUCCGUCCUAGAUUUUUUUCAUUCUGGGGUCAGAAUCGCAACUCUACCAUAUUUCUGUUAUUAUCAAAAAGAAUUUUGUAAAUGUUGUAACUUGUACCUUAGGUUGUAUAAUAUAAAGUUUAAGGAUGAAAUAAUUCUCAAUGUUCAGUGUUUUGAAUCUCAUACAUUAGGUGAAAAAUAUAAAUGUUUUAAGAAUAUAUUGCAAUUACUAUUAAAAGAUUUGAAAGUGGUUACCCUUUCCUUUAUCGAAAUUGUGAUUCAUUUGGUACAAAAUAAAUAUUUAUUGUAUUUU